GACAUAUUUUCAAGUAUAGUAAAACACAAAAAAGUUUUGAUCUUGAUACAAUCUUAUCAAGAUUUGGUGCUUUCCUCUCUCGCCUACAGGAGGAAGCGUGAGAGAUAAAUUCAAUAAAUAAAUUUAUGCUUCACUGAAAAUGGAAGCUGAACCAAGGAUGAGAGGUCUGGCCAGGCUGUGUUUGUCAGCCGUCCGGGCCUCACAAGUCUCCAAGCACAGACUAAUGUUCCAAGUCUGGAUUUUUGUCAAGUUUUCGGGCUUGCAUCCUAAAUCGCUUAAGAAAGAGGGUAAGGAAUCCUUCCGAGGCAACGGUUGCUUCUUCCUCGGGACCGAAAAACGAAGGGAGGGAGAGAGGCGAGGCGAGGCGUGCGUGCCGCCGCCCAUGUAAUAAUUCCUUUUAUCCGUCGUUAUAUAAGACCGCGCUUCCCCCGCUCCCCUCCCUCCCGAGGACGAGUGUGGGCGGGGAGUCGUCGCGGCCGCCGGCCUCUCAGCCGUGGGCGUGGCUUCCGCGGCCCUCCGCUUCCAUUGGCUGAUGCGGGCGCCUCCGUCCACCCUCGUCGGCCGGAAUUUUCGGCAGGGAAGAAGCGCGUCUUUUCACCGAAGAACGCUCGUCGGCGCGGGGAAAGGUGACCUCCAUGCUGUUGCCUGGCGGAAGUGCGCCCCCUUCCUCGCUCGCGGAGAGGAGCGUUUCCGAGCGCCGCCAUGUUGGUUGAGGGGACGGGCAGAUGGGGAGCGGCGGGAAGUUCCUCCCCGAGCGCUGCUACGGGGCUCUUCCAGGCGCGGGGUCGUUUGGGGGCAGAGGGAGAAGCGGGGCUGCAGGCUUCGCCCUGCUGAGAGCAAAGCAGGCGGUCCGCCGAGGGCUUAAAAGCCGACCUUUUCCUCCCAGACCAGGCGCGAACAAAUCCCGACCUGCCCAACGCGCCUCUCCCAGUGCAUUUCCCUGCGGUUUUAGUAUUUCCAAAAUACAGUGCUACCUCGGCUUACAUACGCUUCAGGUUACAGACUCCGCUAACCCAGAAAUAGUGCUUCAGGUUAAGAACUUUGCUUCAGGAUGAGAACAGAAAUCGUGCUCCAGCGGCGUGGCAGCAGCAGGAGGCCCCAUUAGCUAAAGUGGUGCUUCAGGUUAAGAACAGUUUCAGGUUAAGAACGGACCUCCGGAACGAAUUAAGUACUUAACCCGAGGUACCACUGUAAACGCAUCGCAUGAGGCGGCAGUGGAGCAGAAGUGCUCAGCCUCUAAGCAGAGCUUGGAUGGCCAUCGGUCAUGUAUGAUGUAGUUGGGAUUCCUUCAUUGGACUACGUGACCCUUGGGGUCCCUUCCGACUCUGCAGUACAGUAAUAGGAGUCUUCAUCUCUCUUCCCCCAUAGGCUUUGCCUUCAGAGGAGCGGUGGGGAGGGGGGAUGUUGGUGUUGGCAGCAUGCCUUUGGUGAGGGUCCUCAUCUAGGCAGUAUGGCCCUGGGGAUUGGGCCCAGUGACCCCAACCCUUCCUGCUUCGACUCCCAGAGAGAUGUCACAAGCAGGCAAAAAGCACCUUCCAAGGGGAUCUCCCAAGACAUUUUGCUGCCUAAAAGGUUGAGCGACAACACUUCCCACUCCACCUAAAGCCAGGCAAGUCAAGUUGGCACCUGAGGCAGAAAAUCUCACAAGUACCUCCUGCCCUUGCAGUAAAAAUGCAAUACUAAAUCAAGUAACUACUAUCUUGCUGCCAUUUGACACCUCAGAUCAGCAGCUGGAGGCCACUCUCACUUAGUAAGGCUGCUUCCAUUCAGUUGCCCCCCUCCAGUGCAAGGCUGCUGUCACCACCUACUGUAUUUGUGUUUCCCCUCUGGGAGGCCCUACCUGCUUGCCUGCAGCUGCCCUGCCCACUUCUACUUGCUCGCUGGGUGUUGCUCCUACCAUAUGCUGUGGGGUCCUGCUGCAUUGCCUGAGAAAGAGGGUGAGUGAGUUGGCAGAGAGAGAUGUUCGUGCUUCUCUAGGCUGUGCUGUAGUGCCCAGUCUUGCCCAUAUUGCCUCUUGGGGAGAGAGGGAGAGUAAGAGCUCUUGCCUUUCACCCCCUUGCAUGGCAGUGUUGGCAAGCCCCAGUGGGGCCACCUAGAUAGCAAAGGUGACAGUGCAGAGAAAGGAGCCUCCUCAUUUUGUUUGCCCAUGCAGCACUGCAGACCCAUUCCCUAUUGCCAUACUUCCCAGAGGGAAAAGCCAGGUGACUAAUGGGAAACAGCAGUGACUGUUCCUUUCAGCUGCCACUCACCGUUCCACGUUCACAGGCAAGUGAGCAGCACCUGGGUAGGAGGAGAUGUUUCUGUGCAACGUGCAGAGUGUGCUAAACCUGAGCAACAGCUGGUUAGCAUUAGUAGGACCUCCAGAGUCAGCCUUGGCCAUUCUGAUGCCCUCCAAACGUUGGACUACAGUCCCCACUAUGAGGGUUGUGAUCCAAAAAUGUGCUGGCUGAGGCUGAUGGGAGUUGUAGUCCAACAAUAUUCUAAGGGCACAAGGUUGGCAAAGGCUGUCCUGGUGUAUACUGGGCCUUGACAGCUGCCCAGUUGUGCUGACUUCUGGUUCCAGUCCUGCACCCAGCAUCUGAGCAGCUGGCAUUUCAGGGUUGUCUUCAAAUUCCAAGUGGAUCAGGAGUUUCUAAAAAGAAAGAGUGCCUGGUGCUAAAUUAUUUCAAACAGCAGCUUGGCAUACUUGCCACCUUGUCCUGGACAUGAUGAGCAGGACUUAUUGAAAGCUGCAGCUUUCCUGCUAAAUUUCUGCAUGCCAUGCACUUGUUAAAAGUAUAGGAGACCUAGGCAAACCUAAUGACUUUGCCACUUGAUUUCAAUUCUAGCAUAUGGGAGAAGGUUUUUUUCCAGAGUGAAAAAGAUUCAGUGCUAAUAUCUAGUUCUACCUCAGGAAAUAUAUUUUUAUUUCAUUUUUUGCAAGAAUGAUCCCUAUUGAAUGCCUCAUUCAGAGACAUUUCACUUCAGAGAAAUUUCUGUCCUGUUCUUGACUCCUUGACUACAGAUCUUUUGUCAUAACAGAUCAUCUGCAGUAAUCAUUUUUGCUAGAUCUGAAUGAUUUUGGGCACAGUCAAUACUGCCUAAGGCAAGGCUAGCCUAAUCAUUAGGUGAAUAUAUGUGGCCGUCCAGGGUGGUGCUGCAGUAUUACUUAUAUUUGUGGGUAGCUGCUUGAAAAACCUAUAAAAAAUCUGUGCUGAAGUGGGAGAGAUUGGUUUUUUGUUAUUGUUUUGCAGCCUUGGAUUUUGAAAUGAUUGCAGUUGGCCUUGGCACAGAUUUGACAGGAAGACACAUGGCUUCCACGUCUAAGGACAGUGCUUGUUUUCUGAGUAAUACAUUUUACUAAUUUCCCUUCACCCUCCUGCCCUUUCCCCUUGUACUUUAGCAGACCCUUGUGGAUCACAGCCUAACAGUAAAAUCAUUACUGGACAAAGUAGGAUGGGGCGAGUUGAUGGUGUGGGAGGACCCAUGUGAAUAUAAAAUAACCAACCUCCCUGGGCGCUGUGAAGUUCAGGAUUGAGGCAGGACGGUCCCCUUCCUUCUUCAGUGCCGGCUGCUUGUUUCCAAGUCAGCUCCUCCUCUUUCCUCCCUGCAGGGCAUUAUGCUUCCAACGCUUCGCCACUUCUGCCACAGCAGGCCUCAUGCGUCCAUAGCCAGCAUGGGCCCAGUUCGUAGAUACUUAUCCUGGGAAAACGAGCAGCGUUGCCGAGGGCAGCUUGAGGCGUCUACCAACCGAUACAGACAAGAAGCUGCGCCAGCAGCUGUUUUGGUGCCCCUGUGCUCUGUGGCUGGGGACCCAGCCAUCCUGUACACGCUGAGGUCCAGCACCUUGACUGGUGUGCACAAAGGAUCUGUCAGGUAUUUGGUAGCCCCAUACUCUCUCUUUUUAAAGUACAAUUCCCACCAUCCUUUUCGUUUGCUCUUUCCUGGACCUCAGAACCCUCCUGAGGUCCUGGCAGUUGCCACAGCGUAGCUAUUUCCCCUCAAGGCUGCUGGCACAACCUUGGUUCUGGUCCUGAAUUUCCCUUUAUAAAAGGAUUCUGUUUUGCUCUUGCAGUUUCCCAGGUGGUAAGCGUGACAGCUCUGACCGGGAUCCUAUUGCCACAGCACUCAGGGAGACUCAGGAAGAGUUGGGCCUGCGGGUAGAGGAGGACUGCGUCUGGGGAAUCAUGAUGCCUAUGCCUGAUAAGGUAAUGUCUCUAUUUGGGGGUUCUAGAAUCUCCAAGGAUAAACUUACACUGGAAGGUUUUUUGCUAAGGAGCUGGGACUAAUAUUCAGAAUGCUGGGGGGGGGGGGUGUUUACCUGGAGAAGCUAUGAUCAUGGAAUGAUGUGUCAGAUGAGAGUAUUGCUGUGGGUCAGGAUGUUCACCUGAGGGGCAGAAAGGUGUUUGGCAAGGGAAGGCAUCUGGCUUGCAUGAGUAUUUAUCACUUUGGAGCAUGCCUUGCAGCAAAAAAGCAACGGGGAUGUCUGGAAUUCAUUGGGUUUAAACUCUGGUUUCCUUUCAGACAAAAAUGAUGGUUAUGCCUGUGCUAGCCAACUUGGGUCCUCUGGAGCGCCUGACUCUGAAGCCUAAUCCCCAAGAGGUGAAUGAAAGAGCAAAAGCAACACAAUGACACCUCCUUGCAUGUUCUUUUUACGGGAUGUGUUGCCAGGGAGAUGCUUGGGGAAAGCGCAGAAGGGGUGGAUUGCCCUUUUAGGGGUUGAAAAUGUCCUCAGGGGCCACAUAGCAAAGUGGCCGUGAUGUAAGCAGGAAAAUGGGCAUUGACAAAAUCCCAGAAUCCUUACCCUGUAAUUAAGAAUCUGCGACUUCAUUUCCCCCCUAAUUCAUUAAGAAACAGUAAAAACCCACACUCACCUCUACCCCACACUACUUCCAUUGUCUUCCAUGGUCAAUAACUAAUUUAUGGUCUUGUAAUACAAUUUCAUCCUCUUUCUCCCAAAAUUAAUUGCAUUGCGUUUGGUGGAAGGUGCCUUUCAUCCCUGCCCUUAUUUAAUUCCUCCCCAAGAGACAUAUACUGUAUAUAUGUGUGUCUGUCUGUCUGUCUAGUCUUCCAUUUCUUUCUCAUAUCAAUUACCACCCCACUUUCCCCCUCUACUCCUGAGUUCCCCUCCUGAGUUACUAUCCAAGUUGCAGCAACUGAAACAGUUUGGGAUGCUCACAAGUUUGUUCUUUCUUGUUAAUUCCUCCUCCCUACUGCCACUUGCUCUCAGCCGUGAAAGCUGCUGUCCCCACAGCCACCAUCACUUCCCGACUCGCUCCUCUGCUGCUCUAACAGUUUCAGUGCCUUUGGCUGCUCCUGAAAGAAACCGUGAAAGAUCGUAGUUUUUCUCAUCAACCGAAGCAUAACAGUAGCAUGUGGUAGUGGCAGUAGCAGGGAAACCUGACUGCUCCUGAAGCAGCAGAGUAGUGACUGGUGCUGCUCCAGGAGCUCUGCGAAUCCAGAAAUAAACACACAGCAUUUUUUAUUAGCAUAGCCAUUUUACUUAUAAGCAAUCUGAUUUGUGGGGACUUCUUCCUAGAAACAACACUGGAUAAUGUGAAACUGGUAACAGGAUAGCUAGACAACACAGGUGUGGGUAAACCUCAUAAAAAUAACAAAUUGGCAAUAUUACAAAAAUAAGAAUUACAAAAAUAAUAAAUUGGAAAAAAGGAGUUGCCAUUUUGAGAGGGGGGGCGGCUUUGAGGGGCACAGAAAACGGGCUGCAUAUGGCCUAUGAGCUACCCCUGCUGUUACGUCUUGCUAGGCCCAAAGCGUCUGGAUGGAAGGCUUGCUGGGAAUGAGGGAGUGGAUUGUGGUGAUUUCCUGGGCAGCUGGGAGUUGGAAAAGGAACCAUUGGCUCUGUAGCUAAACUGGGAGAUCUGUGGUGCCCGUCCUCCACCUUUUUUCCCUCUGAUUUGCAGGUUGAGGCCGUUUUCACACUGUCUUUUCGCCACUUGCUGCAAGAAGAGAACCAGGGCUACACUAACUUCUGCCACAAGGGUACCUACAGCUACACACUUCCUGUCUUCCUGCACGGUCCUCACCGUGUAUGGGGUCUCACAGCCAUCUUCACCGAAUUAACUCUGGAAUUGCUGGUGCCAGGGGCAUACCGCAGGCGGACUCAUGUGGUGGGCAGACGCUGACCUUGGCUACCAAACUCUGCUCCCCUUUUCUAUGUUUGCCAAGGGACUUGGAUGCAGGUGGUUCUAAUCCCUUUCCUAAGUCAUCGGUGUAUUUUCAAAAUGCAAGUCUCUCCACUCUUGUUCGGCACACAGAAAUUGGCUUGUCCUCCUGCUCCUGGUGCAAUUGCAUUUCAUCGUUAGUGGUCGGGGAACGAAUUGCCUAGCCACUUCUGCUAACAGCUGCUGCCAGACUUGUUUAUGAAUAGACCUUGAAUAAACAGACACACUGGGAACUCAGUGCAGGUAUUUGUGAAUGUGUUGAAGACAGAGCACAGCAGUAGGCAGUCAAAAGAGAUGUUGCCACUGGACAGUAGCUCAGCUCCAUUCAGUAGCACUUUGUUGACAGGUCAAGUUAAACAAGGAUUUGGCAAGGAUCUUAGGUGUCCAUAUAAUGGCUCAGAACUGUGAACAAAUGCUGAUCCCUACCUUGUUGUUUAUGGUACCCAGGAUGCUGGGCUGAAGGAUGCCCUCUUACAAUUUUUACGCUUUUUUUCUAGUACUUGCCUUCACAACAUGUUUUCCCCACCUCAUGCAUAUGAGAAUUUGUUUGAUAUUCAAGCAAAUAAUCUCCAUACCCUUUCAGCCAUGUCCAUUUAACGUGGAAGUUGAGUUUAGGUCGUCCAUGUGGAUUGAACAAGAAUUUCUUGAACUAUGUGUACUUCAGGAUCAAACCGUUUUGUGACUCGCUAUCAUACACAGGAAUAUUUAAACACCGGUUUCAUUUUGUACCGGGUUAGAUCUGAAUUUUGUCUAGGUCACAGGCUGUGUAAUUCACUGAGCUCCUGGGUCUUCAAGGCAUGGGACAUCUUCCCCCCUGGUCCUUCGUACCCCUCUGGAUUUGUGAGGUGAUCAUGCACAGCUGCCCAGAAGAGUUGUCAUUGAGGGUCAGCAGACAGUUUGUAGGACCAGGGGUCCCAACAGAUGCUUUGUCAAGAGGUUACUAGGGGAGCCAAGACUAUGAAGGGAGGAGGCUGAGUUGUAAAAUACACAGCUCUCACCCUCCAUUGAAGAGGACUCAGAAGCCUUGCCUCCAGCAACUUGAGGGGUGCUUCACAUAAGAUUGAUUUAACCAUCUCUGCUUAGAAUUUAUAUCCAUGAGGAAGCUUUUUCUUGUGAAGUGCCAUUAACUAGGAGAGCAUAUGCCUCUCUGUGAUAGUUUACAGAUACAGUAUAUACAGUGGUACCUCGGGUUACAUAUGCUUCAGGUUACAUAUGCUUCAGGUUACACACUCUCCUAACCCAGAAAUAGUGCUUCAGGUUAAGAACUUUGCUUCAGGAUAAGAACAGAAAUCCUGCUCCAGCGGCGCGGUGGCAGCAGCAGGAGGCCCCAUUAGCUAAAGUGGUGCUUCAGGUUAAGAACAGUUUCAGGUUAAGAACGGACCUCCGGAACGAAUUAAGUACUUAACCCGAGGUACCACUUUACUCUUAAUUUCAGGGCUUUAAAAUAUUACUUUAUUCGGUCAAUAGGUGGCAGUGCCACCUUAAGAGAACCCAGAGGGUUCUUUGGUGGUUUAUCGGCUCCUUAGAGUGCAGUUUGAGAACAUCCUGUGCAGUUUGAGGAGGAGACAACCAGGACACCAGUUGCGACUAGCUCUGAAGAAAGCAGCCUGCUCCUCCCAGCAACAUUUCCCCCUGAGAGGAAUGCAAGAUUUGACUACCUCCUGCAGAGGGACAGGCAGGCUGGCCUUCCUGUUUGGAUGAAAUCACUGGGGCAGAAAGUCAGAGGCAUGUCUCUGGAGAGCUCAAUAACGGGAAUCCCCUGCCUGGGCCACGCUUGAAAAUUCACUGACUAGUUCCAAGAAUGGGCUUCAUUUGGUUCACUGGGAAAAACGACAAGCAAUCAAUUAACCGAAGUUCCACAGGAAAGAUCUGUAUAGGUUCUUUCAGGCCACUGAAUAAAAGGACAGAAAAGGCUAUAAACAGAUAAAUAAAUUUCAGUGUUUUAAUAUUGUUUUCCCUUUUUGAGCCAAGGGUAACCCCAUCUUUUAAUGCUAUAGAUUUAAAAUGGAAGAAGAGUUAUAUCUAUAUUUCAUUACUUCGUACCACUGCUCAUAAGCCUCCCCUUUUUAUUGUCAACCUUGCCUCUCCCUUUUCUCCCCUUUCUUUCGUUCUCGCCCAAAUGCCAAAAUUAGAAAGCAAACUUUUCAGACUUUGCAGGGGCAUGGCUUUAAAAAAAUGUCAUUACAAUGUCAUGUAUGUCAGUGCCACUAUAUUAAUAAUGAGGAUGCAUUAAUAUUACAUUUUCAUUCUUAAUAAUAGUAAAUCAUUUUAAGAUGUAUUGAAAUACCUGCUUUUUAUCUGCUCAUGUUUUCUCAAAGUAUCAGGAAAUGGCAAAGCUGCAUGAAACUUAGUACUACUGAUGCUACUGUUUAGGGUUCUUUGUGGAACUUUCCAUAACGUUGGGGUUGCAGUUCCAUUUGCUCCAAAGUAAAUGUAUUUGGAUCAAGCUGGUAUGUUUAGUAGGAGGGAAUUGUCAUAUUGAGCGAAACAGAGUAAGAACAAAGAGUGUAUCCAUUUAUGACAGUGAAUCUGCUAAAAAGGAUGUUCUAAAUAGCAAAAUCUAUAGUGUCCCUCCUGCUGUCACUCAGUGCUGGCUCAAGACAUUUUGCAGACUGAAGCAGAUCCCAAAGAGCAGACCCCGCCCAGUGCAGGCAGUUCUUUUAAAAGUGUUGUGGCAAUAUUUAGACACCAGUUCCUGCCUUCAUAUUCUACCCCCUCAUGGUGUUACCUGAGGUGGAAGUCUUCACCCUGCCAUAUGAUAGGGCUGGCUGGCCCUGGUUAUCCUCUUUUUACUGGAAACUUUGAGCAUCUCAGCACAGCUAUUGUGUAGAAAAAUUGAAGAAAGUGCUUGUGUGCUGUACCUUCUGACACAUCUUGGCACUACUGCUGCUUGCAAGAAAGUGCUUGCCUUCUCAGUCACAGGAAUCCAUAGGUGCAAACACAGCAAGUAUUUACUUUCUCAAAUUCUGCUUAUUCAGAAGAGCAGCAAGGAGGCUGUCAGCUACAGCAUGGAGUGGAACUGACAUUAUAUCCCUGAAGCAUUUAAAAGCUUGCACAUAACACAUUCCUUGAAGAAGGGGGGGGAUUUAGGAUAAUUUACGCUAUAGAACUACUUGGAUCGAUUCCACCUGCCCUUUAAGAAACAUUCCACACAUUUUUUUCCUCACAAAGAAGCUGUCUGAUGAAUUGUUAGGUGUUUUGUUAAGCUUGUGUGUAUGGAGUUCUUUUGUUAUUUUGGGUGGGUUUUUUAAAUGUUUCAGCAGAAGGAUUUUAGCGUCAGGCAGUGACACUGGAAUACUGUGAGAUUAAAGUGACAAUAAUCCUCCAGUGAGGAAGAUUGAAUGGUGCAAGUUGACAAAACAUAUUGCUUAAUUACUUUAUCUAUGCAGGUCUCUCUCUCUCUCUCUCUCUCUCUCUCUCUCUCUCUCUCUCUCUCUCACACACACACACACACACACGUGCUAAUAGCAAACUCAUUCUCCAGAGGUGAAUCCUUAAGUAGCCGAAAUAGCACCGCACCAGAGGGAUGCAUUAGUUAUGCCCAUGGUGAACCCCAAGGUUUGUAGAAUAUAUUCCAGGAAAGAGGGCACGCUGUGUAUCUGUUGGAGGGGGGAAGCUCCCAGACCCCUCAGAGGUAAAUGCUGCCUUCAAGUCUUUAUGCUUGUCUUUGUAAUGAGAGCUAGAUAUUUGCUGUUUAGAAAGGAUAGCUGGGAUUCUCAAUAAUCUGAUAGUUGUACUUGAAUGGUGCUCUGGAAGCCAGCUUCCAUUAUUUGUAGAUUUGUGACAUUAGCACGAAAAUACACUAAUGUCCCAGAUGUUAUUGGGGUGGGUCUGACUAGCCCCUGCACUGCGAUUACAGAGUUAUUGACUUACUUUGGUUCCCUACCUUAAUUGGGUAUGAGCUUCUCCUUCCUUGGACUCCUCCCCAGACUAGACCCCGACUCCUCAUUUUUUAACAACUCUCCAAGUGUUGUAUAUCUAUAACUGGCCCUGAGUAGCAGAAUCGGUUGCAAGUAAGGGCUAGUCAUCCGCUGAGCAAGCCACCUGCCAUUACAUUUACAGAGCCAGCCUUUUAAGGAACCUAUUUCUGGAAUUCACAGCUGAAGCUUACCAGUUGGAAUAUCUCUCUUUCUUUCAUGUUACCCUGGUACAACACCAUUUAGCAGUGGCUAGCAGCAGAAAGCAAAGUCUUGUCUAUUAAUCUAAAGCUUUCCAUCACAAAGGAUUAUUGUGACUGUGGGUGGCGGAUCUUGAAUAGGAUGAUGGGCUUAAAUUUCACACAAAACAUUCCUUAAAAACUGUUGCCGCAUAGAAGGAAGGAGUAUGUGAUAAACUUUACAGAAUAUUCCUCAUACACACAGGUAUUAUAUCUUAUUAUUUCUAUAGGGUUUAUUAUUUCUAUUUUCUAUUAUUUCUAUUUUCUACUGAGGGCUGCAUUCCCUUGGGGAUAAUAUGGCAGGCACCAUAUGCUAGUAUGGCCAGAGUUUACAGAAGUCUACCCCACUUCCCUGCCCUUCCCUUCUCUUUAGAUUCCCCUCGCCAUAGAUCACUACAAGCCGCCCCCCCAACUUUGUAGCAGUUAUACCAACCCUCCACCUUUGUCUCACAUAAAAUGUGGAACAAGAAGUGAUACCUGGAGGGGUGGUCUGGGGGAGCGUGAAGGGGUCUGGGCAGCAUCUGGAGGGCCUAGGUGAUUAAUAGUGGGGUUAAUUUAUCCAAAUUCAAGAUGGCAGCCAAUGUGGGUGUUCUGUAUUCUAAUAAAACAGACAUUUUUCUG